AUGGCAAAGUUCAAGGUGGGAACGCUUUUGUUGGAGGUUGGCAACCCUCCAGAAUGGAAAUCUUUUGAAGUCUUACUUGCUGGAUCUAGCACUGCAGAUUUAGGGCUGUACUAUUAUCCAGACGGGACCUCAACGAUGCCAUUAGGAUGCAUUCGUCUCCAAAGUGCUCACAUUGACAGUCUCGAAGAUGUUUUGAUGGUCGUAACAAAUGACAAGACUUGGUUUCUAUGUGCUAGCAGCAGACAUGAUGCCAGCGAUUGGAAUGACGCCAUUUGCAAUGCAGUCAAGCGCCUCAGUAAUGAGCAGACACAUCACCAACGUUCUUAUGAGAUUUCAACUUGUAAGCUGUCUGAUAUGCAAUCACGUGACUCAGAAGCCAGAGUGGAAUAUUUUCUCAAUUUUUUUGUACAAUCGACGGUUGAAGAUUUGUCCUUGAAAGCAGUGGAAGGAAAAUUUUCGCAGUCUUGUAUGCGAAGUCUUGUGUGGAAAGUGUGGCUUGACUAUCUUCCCAAAAAUGUGCCAUUCAAUCAAUGGCUAAAAAUUGCUCGAGAAAAAAGACUUGGCUAUGAGAGAAAGCGCUGUCAGCAUCUUCUAUUUAAGAAUUUAUGUGCUGUUAAGCAACGACCGGAAGACUUUUUGACUUUGUGUGAGACCUCAACGAACAGUUUAUUGUAUAAUAUUUAUAAGGAUGUUCGACGCACCCAUGGAGAACUGCCAUUUUUUCGUGAUCCUUUUGUGCAGUGUGUGAUGAUUCGUGUGUUAUACAUUUACUCUAUCACUCAUUCAGAAAUCUCGUACAAUCAAGGCAUGGGUGAUCUUCUGGCGACAUUGCUAUAUCUACUUCACAUCGAACAGUGGCCGCUAAACGAUUAUUCCUGUAAUGUUAUUGCAAAACAAUAUGAUGCAAGUCGAUCCAGUGAUUCGAACUUAUCUGCUAGAAAAAAUUAUGAAGACGGCACGUUUAGUGAGGCAUACAUGUCCUGUAAUAGCGAGAAUUCCCAUUGCGAUAGUUUUUUUCGGUCACAACCGUUUUCCGGAUCAUCAAAUCAUUUUCAGCAGUGCUGCCGUAAAGCUGCAGGUUAUAUUGUGCGUGAAUUAACGUUGUCCGAGUUCAUUGAGCAUGACGCAUACCUUUUACUUGAAAAAAUGAUGGUGCGAAUGGCUGGCACAUAUUGUCCUCGAAUUUCAAUAUCUUCUCAAAUGUCAGAGCCACAAAUCGAUAAACCUUUGUCUUCAGCCGACCAAUUGCCAGUGCUUCCUCUUGAUCACCAAAUGAAUCGUGUUCAUUACCAAGUUUUGAGCCAGUUUGAUCCUCAAACGGCAGAGUGCCUCGUCAAACUUGGAGUUGAGCCACAGAUAUUUCUUCUUCGCUGGAUUCGUGUUCUAAUGGCUCGGGAAUUUGAAAUGCAGCACGUUUGGCAGAUUUGGGAUGCUAUCUUCAGCUUAACGCCAAGUGACUUCUCGUUCAUCAAUGUGCUUUGUGUUGCCAUCGUAUUAGAAUUACGUGACGAGAUACUAGCAGCAGAAGACGCCACUACUGUUCUACUUUGUUUGCGCAAUAUUUCAGACCAUAUCAAGGGCACAAGAUUAGUGGACAGUGCGCGUGAGUUGUACGAUGCGCUGCUGAUUGCGACAGCGAUUAAAACUUCCAUGAAACCAAAGUAG